AUGGUCAAGCCCCUAUCAUUCAAGGGCGACAAGCCCAAAAAGCGCAAGCAGCGCGACCCAGACAGCGACAAGGCGCCCAAAACCCGCAAAACAGAAGCGCCCGAAACCGACGACAACCCCGACGGCCAUAGCUGGGUCUCGGCCGACGCUCCGACUGACAUCGCCGGUCCGGUCGUGCUCGUCCUGCCCUCCGACCAGCCGACGUGCAUUGCAAGCGAUGCGAACGGAGUAGUUUUUGCCAGUGUCCUUGAGAACCUGGUCGAGGGGGACCCCGGCACAGCGGAGCCGCACGAUGUGCGCCAGGUGUGGGUUGCGACGAAGGUGGCAGGGACGGAGUCGUUUAGUUUCAAGGGACAUCAUGGGAAGUACUUGAGCUGCGACAACCACGGCCUCUUCAGCGCGACUGCCGCCGCAGUCAGCCACUACGAAUCCUUCCUCGCGAUCCCAUCCCCAGAUAUCCCAGGUACAUUCUCACUACAAACGCGUGGCGGUGAUGCAGAGUCCUUCCUGUGUGUUAAAGAGAGCGCGAAAGCGUCCGGAGGCGUGGAGAUUCGCGGGGAUGCGAGUACCAUUUCGUUUGAGACGACUUUGCGCGUUCGGAUGCAGGCCCGGUUUAAGCCAAAGCUGAAGGCGAACAAGGAGUCGAAGGCUUAUGAGAAGAUUAGUAAGAAGGAGUUGGAGGAGAUUGUCGGGAGGUCAUUGAAUGAGGAUGAGGUUCGGAGAUUACGGAGGGCGAGGAGAGAGGGCAAUUUCCAUGAGGAGGUGCUUGAUGUGAAGGUUAAAGGGAAGCAUGAUAAGUUUGCAUGA